CACAUUCAAGCAGGGAAUACACACGCAGAAGCCAUAGUGAUGGUGUUCGGCGGAGAGAAACAAGUGCUGUUGCAGCUUCACCACAUACUGCCCGCUCGAGGUCGAGGCCAGGCCAGGCCAGACCAGACCAAUCCACUUCUGCGUCUGCUCACCUGUAACAAACAAGCGGCCAUCGCCGUCAUCCUCGGGGCCGCGCGAAACGUGGACCAGGAGGGGGGCAUCCGUUGCUUUGGACCCUCGAUCGCUUUGCAGAUUCGUGUGUCGGCCCUUGUCCAUCGGCAUAUAGCCAGUAAGCGGCGCUCCGUCGAUGCGUAGCUAACGCCAGCAUCGCAGACAAGAUGACAACAACUGCGAGGCGCGCCAGCGCGAGCAUCAGCGAAAACUUCCCCGGCUCCACCUACGCCUUUGACGGCCCGCGGUCAUCCAACAAGCUCGAGUCGACGUGGCCCGUCGCAGAGGGGAAUUGGAUGGACAACAGCGAGGAGGAGGCGGGCGAAGGGGACGAGACCGAAGAUCGCGAGGAUCCCAUUUGCGGGGGGUGCGGCGAACCCAUCUCCACAGACGCGGCCGAUGAAGGGGUCAUCCACUUUGCAACACAAUUCUGGCACAAGCGCUGCUUCAAGUGUGCUAAUUGCGGCAACACGGUCACGACUGGUCGCGAUGACAUUCUGAUCCUAUCCGACGGGCAUCCCGUUUGCGCGGCCUGCAGCUACUCGUGCCAAAUCUGCGGCCUGUCGAUCGUCGAGGAGGCCAUCAUGACCGGUGACGAGUCGUACCACGCCGCCUGCUUUACCUGCCGCUCGUGCCACAACCGCAUCGAGGAGCUCGUCUUCGCCAAGACGUCACAGGGGAUAUAUUGCAUGCCGUGUCACAACCAGCGUGUUGCGCGCAGCAGGCGUCACGCAGAGAGCAAGCGCGCCAAAGCCACCAGGGACGCGCGCGACGGCGGCGCACGGCGCCCUGACUCGCAAGACGGGUCCGUGAAUGGGCAUGCCAACGGGCCAUCCAGCUUGCAGGGGAGCUCCUUGGAGCCUUCGGGCGGACGACCAGCCAGCUCCUCCUCCUCGGCCGCCGGCCAAACGACCGGAUGGCCGUCGCUCGCACAUGCAACCUCUGAUGACGGGACCACCACAUCUGCCUCGAGCCACCAUCACGCCGCCGCCGUAAAUGAUACGAGCCCUUUUGGCCAUUCGCACACCAGCUCCAGCUCGACCGCCAGCCCCCCUGGGCAACAGCCGGGCGGCAGCGGCGGCGGCGCUUCUGCCAAGCAGCUCCAUUCAAAGCCGGUCAACGGCAGCGCCGAGGCGAGCGAAAAGCCGCUGCCCACGCCUGGCUCCUACGGGCUGGCAGCAGCGGCAGGAGGGCCAAAGUCACCGAUGGCGCCCGGCCGCAACAGCCCGUCGCUUGCGUCCCAGACCCAAACUGGGCUCCAGCAUCAGCAGCAGAGAACCUAUCAGCAACACGUCGCGAGCAACCCCUCCGACAGCAGCAACGGCCUGCCACGCCGACCCGUCGAUCACAGCAUGCUCACUACCUCAUCGGCCGCAUCGACCAGUUCGCAGGCAAGCGGGACGGUCGCCUCGCACAAUACGUCUCCCAAGAGCACGCGCGUCGACUCGCGCACGACCGACGUCAGUGACACAUUAUACAGCAGCAUCAGCAGUAGUAUUAGUAGCAGUCAGGGCUUCCACACCUCGUUGGAUGUGCGCAAAGACUCCGGCGCCUCCUCGCAGCACGGGCAGGGGCAGGACAUCGCGAUCACGGACUCUAACCCCACAUCGGGGGCAGCCAGGCGCAAGCGCUCAUUGUCGAGCGCUGCGAUAUCGCGGCAAACGGUAUUGCGCAGGCCGCCGAACCUUGAUACGACUUUUCAACGCGAGGUGGAGCAGCCGCCGCAUAGCGCGCCACAGGUGAUUGUCCAGGAGGCCGAGAGCGCCGGUUCGUCUUCGACGACGGCAACGCCGCGGCGGUCGGAGUAUUCAACCGCAAGAGUCCCGCCCGACUUCCAAGCGAACAGCCAUGAGGGCCGCUUCGCGGCGGAGCAAGACCUACGCAUGCUUGACUCUCCAACAGUCGAGACGCCCUCGGCGCAGGUCAAGCGCGCCUCGUACGUGUCGAAAGCGGCCAUGCAGCGCGCAUCACAACAGCUCUCUCUCUCUAACCCGGGCAGCCGGCAUCCGGACUCGACGGCGUCGCCCAGCUCGGACACCCGACACUCGAAGCGUUUCUCGUUCUACGACCCGGAUCUCAUCAGCCUGAUGGACUCGUUCAGCCGCUUCAACUCAAACGACGACUUUCAGCUGAACCAGCCGGGCUUUGCCGAGCGCCGCAAGUCCCCCAGCGCGGCAAGGUCGCCGAAGGGCACGCUCGCCUCACCACGGCGCCGGCGGAUCGCGACCGACUCAGGGGACGAAAUGUUUUCCAAGAUAGGCGCUGACGACGACGGCGCAGGCCCAGGCGAGGAGCGCGGGGACAUAGGCGAAGACCCCGAAGGCCCGGUCCUGUCGCGCAACUCUUCCAUGUCGAUCAAAGAUAUCUCGGCCAAGGUGCGCGAGUCAAUGCGCUACGCCAAGGACGGGCACGUGAGCAUGGACAUGAGCUUUGUCGAGGUGAUCCUCAGCGACCUUGAUGACACGCGUAAGAACCUGCGGAAGCUGCAGAAGCGCUACGACAAAAUGCGGCGCGCGAGCCGGCAGGCCGCGCAGGGCUUCUCGCUUGCGAAGGAGGAGUUUGAGCAGGAGGUCAAUGCGCGCUACGAUGCCGAGAUGGAGAUGCAGGCGCUCAAAAAGCAGAUCGUAGAACAGGCCAGCAAGCUAAAGGACAUGGCCAGCGAGCAGCAGGAGCAGGAGAAGCUCAGCAAAAAGUCGCUCGAGAUCCGCAGCUCCAUCCGCGGCAUCCAGAGGGACCUCGCCAAGCUCUCUGCCGAGCGCGAGCUAAAAGCGUCCGAGCUGGCGGAGCUGCUCGCUGCACAGACCGAGGCGCGCGCGCCAGCGCAGGCCCAGGCGGACCGCAAAGAGCUGCCGCUGCCAGCGGAGAAGACGGAGGAGGCGCUGCCGAACAUUACGCGCAACCUCAGCAUCCGCCUGGACGGCGUCAAGGAAAAGUACCGCAAGCAGAUCGACGAGCUCGUGACGGGGCGUGAUGCGAUGCUUAUUGAGAUUGAGGAGCUCAAGCAGUCGCGCGACGCGCUCGCCGAAGAGACGCAGGCACUCACCAGCCGCAACGAGGAGCUGAGCGAGACGCUGACGCAACUCACACGCGCCAUUGAGUCAGCCAGCAGGCACCUCGAGCGCCUGGACAAGGCUGGCGCGCCGCAAGCGCGGACGCCGAACGCACUCGGCUUUGGCUUCAAGGGCAAACCCGGCAUCUACGGCUCGCCAGCGGGGUCCCCAAGCACGGAGGGCUUUGGACCGUCGGCGUCGCAGACCGCCAUAAAUGAGACGUACGCCGAGGACCAGCUCGGCCUGCCACGUCAGCAGAGCUUCCCGCGCAUUGAGCCUGCGCCGAAACACAACAACAAGUUCAAGUGGAUGAAGGGCUCUGCUCGCACCACUGGGCACACCAUCGUGGCUGCGUCACCAAUGGGCCCUCCCGUGGGGAUGGUCAACUCGCCUCCGGUACCCCCCAAACAUCAACCGAAUUCAUCACAGUCUGGUAUUGCUGUCGCGGCGCCGCCUUUGGCACGCAACGCAACGAACGACAUUCUCAUACGCGAGCAUGUCUUGCAGCCGUUCCACAUUAUGCGCCCUGUGCGUUGUUUCGCAUGCCAGAAGAACAUGUGGGGCCAGUCGGAGAUGCGAUGCGCGCUCUGCGGGCAGGCGUGCCACUCAAGGUGCGUUGGUAACCUGCCCAGCUCGUGCGAGCACGGCCUUGGCCGUGCGGAUGAGAUGGACGGGCCUACCGUACCUAUGUUCGGGUCGGAUCUGAUGGAGCAGGUAGCGAUGGAGGGGAGAGAGGUUCCGCUUGUGGUAGAAAAAUGUGUUGAGGCCGUCGAACAUGCGGGCAUGGACUACGAAGGCAUCUACCGCAAAUCUGGCGGGACAUCACAGCUGAAGCUGAUCACGCAGCUCUUCGAGCGCAGACAGCCGUUUGAUCUCGACGACCAAAGCCGUUUCAAUGACAUUUCGGCUGUCACCAGCGUACUCAAGAACUACUUCCGCGAGCUGCCCGUCCCGUUGUUGACAUAUGAGUUGCAUGAGCAGUUCGUCGAAGCGGUGCAAUUGAAGAGCGAUCCGGUGCAGAGGGAUGCGAAGAUGCGCGAUUUGCUCGGGCAGCUUCCGCGGCCCCACUAUGCGACGUUCAAGUGCCUCAUGCGCCAUCUGCACCGCGUGCAGCUGCGCAGCGAAGAGAACCGUAUGAACGCUCGCAACCUGGGCGUCGUCUUUGGGCCAACUCUCAUGCGAUCUGGCGACCCUUCCCAAGAGUUUGCACACAUGGGGGGCAAGGCUAUGACCAUUGAAUACUACAUUGAGCAUCCUGAGCUCUUUGAUUGACCGUACAUAAGAUACCCGUCGCUCUCACCCUCUCGUCUAUGUACCACUAUACCACCGUAUGCGAGACGCGUGCAAAGUUACGGAAGUCGCUCAGCGGCCGGCGCGUCUGCUACCCAUUGAAAUGCUUGUGACUGAAAGG